AUGGCCCCCCUUGGGCCUGCAUCGGGACCCCCGCCCACUCCGGCCACGCCGCCCUGGGCCUGGGGCCGCGAGCACUCAUCUCCGCCGCGCCCACGACGCUGCCGCCAUCCUCUCCGCCUCCUCCUCCUGGUCUGUUCCAGCAGCAGUCGCCGCCGCCGCCGCCGCCGCCCUCAGUACGGCUCGGAGGGGGCGGGCGGGGCCGCGGUGGGGAAGGCACUGCAGCGCGAAGCUGGGGGCGGGGCUCGUAAGGAAGAGGAGGCGGAGGAGAAGGAGGAGAAAAAGGGGGGACGCAGAGCUCCCUAAGGGCCUCGGUUCCUCCUGGAUGCACCACGUGGUGCCCAGAGGCCGCACCCCCGGUGCAACGCAGGGCUGGCGCACACACAUUACGCUUGGCUCACGCUACCUGGGUUGCCCCCGAGAUUGGCUUUCUCCGCUGUCCUCGAAGGCCACGGUGGGGCGCAAGCCUCCCUCUUUGGCGCGCGCCACCUGCUGGGCCACGUGCUGGAGGCGUUGGGCCCAGCUCCUGGUGAGCCGCAGGGCGUGUGCCGGGCGUCGCUUCGCCUCGCCUUUCUGAGUGCAGACGCACGCCUCCGCUCGCUCUGGCCCCACCGCGAGCCGGGCGGUUCCACCGCGGUAGCGUUGCUCAUCUUCCCGAGCUUUCUGUCAGACGCCGCGGCGUUCAGCACCGAGGACCGUAGGCCCCUCGGGUCUCCGGAACGUGAGCGCAACCAUGACUUGGGUGGCACCAUCUGCCGCCGGCGCCUCGAGUGCUCUCUGGCAGUGUUGAGAGCACUGGGAGAUGCCUACAAAAAGGCUCCUGAAAGGCCCGCUGAGCUGCAGCUCGUUUCCGCGGAGCCUGAGGGCAGCCUGGACAACAUGACCUGCGUCCUGGUCUGCUUCCCGGGGGCCCCAAGGCCUUGUGAGGAGACAAUCUGGAAGGAGCAAGCACUGGACGCAGCUCUGGGCUGCAGGGUCGCCCGGUGGGCAAGAACUGUGUUCCUCUGCCUAGGAGCCUCCCAGAUUGAACCCGGUUUUCGAGACUCUGGCUGGCCUCAGAGGACAUCCCGGAUUUACCUUCUGGGGGAGGGCUGUACUGCAAGGCCUCUGUCAUCGCUGAAGGUUAUUCUCAGCUCUGCCAGGCCUCAGGGGAGCACUGGGAGAAGGGGCAGAACGGGACUGGGAAGGCCACUGGCAUCAUUCAAGCUCUGCCUUGGACUUGGAGGCCUGACAGCUGUUGUCUUUUGGGGACCCUUUGCCCAGCUGGGGCCCCAACGGAACUAAGAAAACUCCCCUUCCCCAGCUAUAGACCAGAGGAAGAUGAGCCGAUGGAGGGACCCCGGAAUGCUUAUUUCCCCUUCUCCUACUUCCCUGUCACAGAAAGUCUUAGGAGGAGAAGUUCCUCCCACCAUCCGGGGGAGGGGAGAGGAGGAGGAAACCCCAAACCAUGGACCCAAGAGAGUUCAACCAAUUCAAUAACCUUCUCUUUCCAUUUUUCAUCUGUUUUGGGAGAGGUAGGAGAGAAUUUUUAUUAAAUGUUAAUUACGUGACUCAAAAUACAUUUUUCUUGUAGGAAAAAAACCCCGCAAACAUUAUUUACCCAGUCAUUUGCAAAUAUGUAUUGGGCACUGUUCGUGGCCAUCGACCAGGGAGACUCACUGAGAUUCGUGCCUAUUGUAGGGGCCCACCUAGUAUGUGUGUGGGGAAAGAGCAAACAAGAGAACCGAUGAAUAAGGUCAUCUCAGACACUGACAAGUGUCUCAAAGAGAAUAAAAUGGGAUGCGAUAAGUAAAUCUAUUUUGGUUUUUUAAAUUGUUAUUCAUUUAUCUUUUGAGUGGUAAUAAGUUCAGUUGGUUCAAAAUUCAAAGGGUACAAAAUGGUGUACAAUGAGGUCUUUCUCCAUCCCCUGUCCCUCAGCCACUC